AAAUAAUUGGUCCAGAGCUGAAAUCAAUAAUUACGAACCCAAUGAGACGUCUUUAAAUCGUCAAUCGUAUCUUCGAGCGGAGAUUCCGCUCGAAUCCUCGGCAACAAAAAAAAUAUCCACAAACUCGACAGCUUCUACCUCUGAUGAGAUACCCGUAAACGCGAUUCUCAUUGAAAUUUCCCCAGAACUUUAUACGCCACUCUCACAGCUGACGCAUGUACUCAAUUUUUUAUCUAACAGUUUACCUUCAAGAAUUUUUAAUCAUGUUUACAAAGAAAUAUCAAAAGAAAUAGAAGAUUUCUUAUGGGAACGUAUUUUGAUGAAAAGCCAAUUUUCAGAGAUGGGAGGCUGGCAAUUUGAAGUUGAUAUGGAGAAAGGGUUAUUCAUGAUUGGAAAACGAUGGAUCAAGAAACCGGAAAAUUAUUUUAGAAAGAUAAGAGACGCGUGUAUAUUGCUUACUCUACCCUCAUCAUCAGAUAAUCCU